GGAGGAGUUAGUUCUUCCGCAAACUCUGCUGCCAGUAGUUCGAAAGUGGUGUUUCUUCAAGAUGAAAUCAUUCUUUUUGGUGUCUCUGUUCCUGGUCCUGGCUCUGGCUCAAGUCAGCGCAAAUUGUUCCGGAAACUGUCCGGACACGGAGGAGGUUGUCUGGGCUUUGAGCCCUGGUGGUGGUGGGUGUAGUGUCUUCCGUAAUAAGUGCUACUUCACAAAGGCAAAUUGUGUUCGCAGGCCAGCUCUGACCAUCACCACUAAGGAGAAGUGUCAGAGACUCUGCCCCGAAAUCUGUCCAUUGUUGUAUCGCCCCACAACGGGCAAUUACAGGGGUCAGAUUCGAGAGUUUAGCAAUGACUGCGUGAAAAAUGUUCACAGCUGUCGCACUGGCGAGACUUUUUUGUAAAGCACUUUAAAAAGCUUCAACAUUUGAAUUAAUUGUAAGUUUAAAUAAAGCGAUUUAUCUGAAA